CCUGUGCAUCAUGGUCUACCCAAAUUAUUGCCCGCGGUGCGGGAUGAAUUUGCGGCCACGGUAUAACCGUGACCGAAUUCCCCGUUGGCAGCAGCGACAGCAGCAAGGACAGCAGGAGCAGCAGCAAGGACAGCAGGAGCAGCAGCAGCGGGAGCAGCCACCGCAGCUUCAAAGGGAAGCUGAACUGAGGCGGCAAAUCGAGCAGCUGCAGCAGCAGCUGCAUGUGCUUACCAUACAGCAGCAGCAGCAGCAGCAGCAGCCGCAGCAGCCGCGGACGCAGCCGCGGACGCAGCCGCAACCGCGGACGCAGCAGCAGCAGCCGCAACCGCAGCAGCAAUAA